UAGACAUCCGAGAUUACUCAGAAGUGCACUACCUAUGUCAUCUUAUUUGAUAAGUCUAUCAUCAGUGACACUGUCCAUGUAGCAAUGUCGGGUAUUAAACGAUAUUAUGAUGACCAGCCGUCGGUACAAAAUAAGACCACCUACUCCAUAGAUUACCGACCAAGUCUUGCUCUUACAGGACUCAGCAGUUCCCUAUCUGUUAUUGGAUCUCUGGUUAUCUUUUUAAGUUUUUAUAAGGAUCGAGUGCGGAGCUUUACUUUUCGUAUUCUUGUUUGUCUCACUGUAGCGGACUUUUUAAACGCUGUGGGUAACAUUCUUGGUGUUAUCAGAUACUCACGGUUUGGUUCUAGCCUCGUCAUUACACAACCUUCCUCUUGUGAUAAGGACAAUCUUUGUGUCAGCCAAAGCUUCAUUACAGUAGUCGCUAGUCUGUCAUCCUUUUGGUGGACGUUCCUGGCGGCAUUGAACCAUCUCUUGCAUUAUCGAGGAAGUCAUUGCUUGGAGUCUCGAGUAAUGUGGAUCCUCUCUCAUACCGUAGGAUGGGGAAUCCCUCUGUUAAUAGCUACAGUUGCCCUUUCUUGUGGCGUUUUGGGUGAGGGGUUUUCUGCCGGUAGUGGUCCUUGGUGUUGGAUCAAGGAUUGUGAAAGCAUUAAACCGAGUCCUAUAUUCUGGAUGCUGAUAACGGGGAAAGCUUGGGAGAUUGCAGCUUAUCUUGGCAUUCCAGCAAUCUACAUCGUUUUGAAAUGUCAGCAGUACUGUCGUUAUAGAAAGAACAGUAGGUUUCCACGAAUAUCAGGCUAUCAACAGUCAUACAACUCUAUUUCUCAGCAAGAUCAUUCUAUUAACCAAGUAUCCCAUUCAGAAGACAGAUUUGGCAUUCUGUGGAUAUUCCUAUAUUUGUACGUUACUCGAGUCUGGGGAAGUGCUCGGUUUUUUAUUUUUGUUGGUCAUAAUGGUUCGCCGUAUUUACCAGUUGUCGACAAGGUUGAUAACGUAUUAAUGUAUUUUCAGAGUGUAGGAGACAGCGCUCAAGCCUUUGUAAAUUUCAUGGGCUUUGUUUUGUUGCCGUAUCUUUACAAAUGUUGCAAACAAAGAAACAAUUCUAUAUUAUAAUUUGUAAGAUGACUCGAAUUUUUGCUUGUAAUAAUUUACAGGUUAUGAUGUUGUGAACAUUAACUUAAAUGAAAAAAUUAAUAAUAUGUAAAUGGCCUGUCGUUUCUAAUGUGUAUGUUAUAAUUUUGUUUUCCUUGUGGUUUACUUUUAUCAAAGUUUUCUUUAUAACACUAUUGCAAAU